AUGGCCGUGUCAUUGGAGAAGGGCAGCCAAUUGUCGUCAACCAACAGCAUUGGCACUGCAAUGAAUUCCGGUUCUAGUCUCAUCCAACAACAAAACAUUCGCGACGUUGGGGUUGGUAAGUCCCAGUUUUCCUUCCAAUAUCCAAAAGUCUGGACCUCAGGAGAGCAAGGCCGCAUGACCACGUCAAGGAACAAGCCAAGAGCUGAAGCCUCCCGGCAAGCUCGAACAGCUCAAAGCCUCGAACAACAACCCAAGAGAUCCGGCCGCUGGAACACUUAUGCGGGGCAGGCCCCGCAAGAUGUGUUCAUGUGUACAGCUUUUUCUCCCGGGGGUCAGAGAGACGGACGGUGGGAGUAUGUCAUAACUAAUACGAAGCCUGCGGAAAUGUGGCAAUGA